GGGGGGAUGAGCCCUGAGGGGCCGUGGGGUGCUUGUGAGGUGAGCAUUUCCAAGGCUGUGUGCUUGUGUGGUGGUGGGGGAACACGAUGACCUUCCCCUCCUUAGGAAGGCCUAAAAGGGAGAGGCAGCCCCCAGCUAGAUCCUCCCUAUGCUGAUGAUUUUCAGGGACUUGUUGGCAACUCAGCGAGGGUUGCCAUAGCUUUUUUAUGUAGGGUGACCAGAACCGGCUGAAACUGGUUUGAGGCAGAUCAGCUCCUGAACACAAUGCAGUCACUGAGCUACUACAGUGGGAUAGCAGCUUCCUCCCUUCAUGGCAGCCAAAAGCAGAGGAGCUUGCAGGAAGGUACCAUCCCAACACAGUAUGUGAAUGCACACUUAGACACCACACAGCACUGGUACGUGACUGAUGGAACCCUAAAAGAUCCUGUGUAGAGACGAAGGGGAAGAAAGGUGCAGGUUUGCAGGUCUGAGAUGACUUGGGCUUUUCCUGCCUUUUCUUUUGCUUAAGGGAUGGACAAGGAGCUGAGAGUUAUGACCCUCAUUAAAGAAAAAAAUGUGCCUUGCUAGGGUGGGGACACUUGGUUUGUGCAGUCUCUCGCUCUCUGUGUUCUUAACUAAACAAAACCAGUAUGAACUGAUGGAUUUGUAGUGGGAGUUUGUUGCUGGAGAAUGCUAGUUUGCAUGCCUCUUUUCUCUUGCAGGGUAUGUUCUGUUUUGUGCUUUUCCUUUUAGAAGCUACUAAAGGGUGUUGGGCUACUUCUGACUGUUAUGAAGGCCAAAAGGCCUGUUGACUGGGGCUGCUUUUUAACCCUUUCAUAUUUGCAGAGAAUGCAACCGUGUGACAGUAACUGAACACUGGUCCAAAGUCUUUCCAAAAGGUCAAGGUUCACAAGAACAUCUGAUCAAAUUCAUGACCAUGGGGGAUAUGAAGACCCCAGACUUUGAUGACCUCUUGGCAGCAUUUGACAUCCCAGAUAUGGUCGACCCCAAAGCAGCUAUUGAGUCUGGACACGAUGACCACGAGAGCCACAUCAAGCAGAAUGCUCACGGGGAUGACGACUCUCAUACCCCAUCAUCCUCAGACGUCGGCGUCAGUGUGAUUGUGAAGAACGUCCGGAACAUCGAUUCCUCUGAGGGUGUGGAAAAAGAUGGCCACAAUCCCACAGGCAAUGGCUUGCAUAAUGGGUUUCUCACGGCGUCCUCUCUGGACAGCUACAGUAAAGAUGGAGCAAAGUCCUUGAAAGGAGAUGCGCCUACCUCAGAGGUGACGCUAAAAGACUCAGCAUUCAGCCAGUUCAGCCCCAUCUCUAGUGCUGAAGAGUUUGAUGAUGAUGAGAAGAUAGAGGUGGACGACCCCCCUGAUAAGGAGGACGUCCGCUCAAGUUUCAGAUCAAAUGUGUUAACAGGGUCGGUUUCCCAGCAGGACUAUGAUAAACUAAAGGCACUUGGAGGGGAAAACUCAAGCAAAACUGGAAUCUCUACAUCAGGCAGUGUAGAUAAAAACAAAGUGAAGAGAGAAACAGAAACAAAUUCCAUAAAUCUGAGUGUUUAUGAACCUUUUAAAGUCAGAAAAGCAGAGGAUAAGUUGAAGGAGAACUCUGAAAAGGUGCUUGAAAACAGGGUCCUUGAUGGGAAGCUGAGCUCUGAGAAGAAUGACACCAGCCUUGCUGGGGUCACACCAUCCAAGUCAAAGUCGUCCUCCAAGCUCUCCUCCUGCAUAGCUGCCAUUGCAGCCCUGAGUGCUAAAAAGGCAGCUUCAGAUUCCUGCAAAGAGCCCGUGGCCAAUUCCAGAGAAGCCUCUCCCUUACCAAAGGAAGCAAACGACAGUCCGAGGGCUGCUGACAAGUCUCCUGAGGCCCAGAGCCUCAUCGAUGGUCCCAAAAAAGCCUCCUUAAAGCCACCAGAUAGUCCCAGGAGUGUCUCGAGUGAGAACAGCAGCAAAGGAUCCCCAUCCUCUCCUGCGGGAUCCACACCAGCAAUCCCGAAAGUCCGAAUCAAGACCAUCAAGACAUCUUCUGGGGAGAUCAAGAGAACCGUGACAAGAGUACUGCCGGAAGUGGAUCUUGACUCUGGGAAGAAGCCUUCUGAGCAGGCAGCGUCUGUGAUGGCCUCUGUGACAUCCCUUCUGUCAUCUCCAGCAUCUGCUGCUGUCCUCUCCUCUCCUCCCAGGGCACCUCUCCAGUCAGCCAUGGUUACUAAUGCAGUUUCCCCUGCAGAACUGACUCCCAAACAGGUCACCAUCAAGCCUGUGGCCACUGCUUUCCUCCCUGUGUCUGCUGUCAAGACAGCAGGGUCCCAGGUCAUCAAUUUGAAGCUCGCUAACAACACGACGGUGAAAGCCACAGUCAUAUCUGCUGCCUCUGUUCAGAGUGCAAGCAGCGCCAUAAUUAAAGCCGCCAACGCCAUCCAGCAGCAAACUGUUGUAGUGCCGGCAUCCAGCCUGGCCAAUGCCAAACUCGUGCCAAAGACUGUGCACCUUGCCAACCUUAACCUUCUGCCUCAGGGUGCCCAGGCCACUUCUGAACUCCGCCAAGUGCUAACCAAACCUCAGCAACAAAUAAAGCAGGCAAUAAUCAAUGCAGCGGCCUCACAACCACCCAAAAAGGUGUCUCGAGUCCAGGUGGUGUCGUCCUUGCAGAGUUCCGUGGUGGAAGCUUUCAACAAGGUGCUGAGCAGUGUCAAUCCAGUCCCAGUUUACAUCCCAAACCUCAGUCCUCCCGCCAAUGCAGGGAUCACGUUACCGACGCGUGGGUACAAGUGUUUGGAGUGUGGGGACUCCUUUGCGCUGGAAAAGAGCCUGACCCAGCACUACGACAGGCGUAGUGUGCGCAUCGAAGUAACGUGCAACCAUUGUACAAAGAACCUCGUUUUUUACAACAAAUGCAGCCUCCUUUCCCAUGCUCGUGGGCAUAAGGAAAAAGGAGUGGUAAUGCAAUGCUCCCACUUAAUUCUAAAGCCAGUCCCAGCAGAUCAAAUGAUAGUUUCUCCGACUAGCAAUACUUCCAGUUCAUCUUCCACUCUGCAGAGCUCUGUGGGAGCCAGCACACACACUGUAACAAAGAUCCAAUCUGGCAUAACUGGGACGGUCAUAUCCGCUCCUUCAAGCACACCCAUCACCCCAGCUAUGCCCCUAGAUGAAGACCCCUCCAAACUCUGUAGACACAGUCUUAAAUGUUUGGAGUGUAACGAAGUCUUCCAGGAUGAGACAUCGCUGGCUACACAUUUCCAGCAGGCUGCAGAUACGAGUGGACAAAAGACUUGCACUAUCUGCCAGAUGCUGCUUCCUAACCAGUGCAGUUAUGCUUCACACCAGAGAAUCCAUCAGCACAAAUCUCCCUACACCUGCCCCGAGUGUGGGGCCAUCUGCAGGUCGGUGCACUUCCAGACCCACGUCACCAAGAACUGUCUGCACUACACACGGAGAGUUGGUUUUCGAUGUGUACACUGCAAUGUUGUGUACUCCGAUGUGGCUGCACUCAAGUCUCACAUUCAAGGCUCUCACUGUGAAGUCUUCUACAAGUGCCCUAUCUGUCCAAUGGCGUUUAAGUCUGCCCCAAGUACACAUUCCCACGCCUACACACAGCAUCCUGGCAUCAAGAUAGGAGAACCGAAAAUAAUCUAUAAGUGUUCCAUGUGCGACACUGUGUUCACCCUGCAAACCUUGCUGUAUCGCCACUUUGACCAGCACAUUGAAAACCAGAAGGUGUCUGUUUUCAAGUGUCCAGACUGUUCUCUUUUAUAUGCACAGAAGCAACUUAUGAUGGACCAUAUCAAGUCUAUGCAUGGAACACUGAAAAGUAUUGAAGGACCUCCAAACUUGGGUAUAAACUUGCCUUUGACCAUUAAGCCUGCAACUCAAAAUUCAUCAAACCAUAGCAAAGAGGAUGCUAAGUCCACGAAUGGGAAAGAGAAACCGGAAAAGAAGUCUCCAUCUCCUGCAAAGAAGUCCACAGAAUCGAAGAAGUCAGUGAGUCUCGGGUGGACGUGUUGGGAGUGUGACCGCCUGUUCACGCAGAGGGAAGUGUACAUCUCCCAUGUGAGGAAGGAACACGGGAAGUGUCCCUGGUCUUUCUGUUAUCCUCAAGGAAGGUGCCUCACAGUUGAGGAUCACAUGAUCCUGGUAGAGAUGGUGUCAAUCCAACUCUGGUUCUGUAGAGCCAGACUCUCACCAUGUAACGAGCAAAUGAAGAAGCACCCUUGCCGCCAGUGUGACAAGUCCUUCAGCUCCUCGCACAGCCUGUGCCGUCAUAAUCGGAUCAAGCACAAAGGCAUCAGGAAAGUCUACACCUGCUCGCACUGCCCAGACUCCCGGCGGACCUUCACCAAGCGGCUGAUGCUAGAGAAGCACAUCCAGCUGAUGCAUGGGAUCAAGGAUCCUGAUGUGAAAGAGAUGACUGAAGCUACCAAUGAGGAGGAGGCAGAAGUAAAGGAAGAUACCAAGGUUCCCAGUCCCAAGCGCAAGUUGGAAGAACCAGUUCUAGAGUUCCGGCCUCCCAGAGGAGCCAUCACUCAGCCACUGAAAAAGCUGAAGAUCAACGUCUUCAAGGUUCACAAGUGUGCAGUGUGCGGGUUCACCACUGAAAACCUGCUGCAGUUCCACGAACACAUUCCUCAGCACAAGUCGGACGGCUCCUCGUACCAGUGCCGGGAGUGCGGCCUGUGCUACACGUCCCACGUCUCCCUGUCCAGGCACCUCUUCAUCGUGCACAAGUUGAAGGAACCUCAGCCCGUGUCCACGCAGAACGGGGCCGGGGAAGACAGCCAACAGGAGAACAAACCCAGCCCCGAGGACGAGGCUGCCGACAGCGCAGCGUCAGACAGAAAGUGCAAAGUGUGCGCCAAGACUUUUGAGACGGAAGCUGCCUUAAACACUCACAUGCGGACACACGGCAUGGCCUUCAUUAAAUCCAAAAGAAUGAGCUCAGCUGAGAAAUAGCCACGGACAUCCCAUCAGGAAAAUCCCCGUCCACACUGAAGUAAAAAUAAGACGUUUUUGUUAUAAAAAGUUUGCAGUAUAACAGAGUUAACAGUACUGUCUAGGCUGUUGCAAUGUACUCCCUUUCAUGUCCCCUCCUCACCUCCUCAGAUGUAUCCCAUAAGUAUUAAGACACUAUUUGAGUUUAAAAGAGUUUGUACAUAUUUAAAAUGAUAACUUUUUAUACUCUUUGUUACAUGUUUGUAUCAGUAUUUAGUGGAAAACGUUUUUUGUGUUUUUUUGGGUUAGAGUUUUUCUUUUUGUACUGUUUCUUUAAAACAGAGUUCUUAGUGACAGGGACAGUUCCUGAAUUCACACAAACCGUUUUGUAUGUUACAGAUUUGAAUGGGUUAACUAAUUACAGGCUAACAUAAUGCCUUUUUUAGUGUUUUUAAUUUUUAGAAUUCACUACAUAAAUUGUAGGUGAUUGUGGGUCUCACAACACUAGAAACUUUUAAGUGUCUUAGCACCACCCUCAGCGUGCCUGCUUCAGGAGCCAGGGCACGACUGGGACCCUGCACUUCGGUGUGGGCCUGGCUUCAGGUCAGGCCAUGCCGAGUGAUGGUUAAAGCAGCCUUGCAGGUCCCUUCUGUCCCCAGAGUUGGGAAUCCGGUAAGGAAUGUGGAUUUCCUUAAUUCCAUCUUCAGGAAUGGGGAAGGGACUUGCCGAGGGGGAAAAGCAGGGCUGGUGGUUUUCUCGGCAGAUUUGCAAGACUGACUUAAGAGCACAAGGAGAUAAAGCUAGGAAAGGGCUGGACUACUGUAAAUGUUACGAAUCUCUAGUUACCUGUAGCUGCCUAGUCAGGUUCUUGUCAUGUAACUUAUUAACUCUUACAAAGACACAACUAAGAAUAUCAAGUAUUUCUCUGGCUCUUGACAGGAAAAAAAAAACAAAAAAACAGUCCCAGUUGACUUAACCCUUUGCCGUCUACACAGUUGGCAUUUCCUGUUACGGGUGCUAUUGCCAAACAUCCUGUACUUAGAUUUGGGAUGCACAACCUACCAAUGCAGCAGCCUGCAUUCUGCAAUUGGCCAUCAGAGGAAACACCAAGCCACUGGCUUUCAUUCAGUCAUUUCAGUAGUGUUGCUCCCGCCCACGCUUCUGCUUAGCCAAGUACUGCAGGGGUGUUCUGUCCUUUCAUUUAUAGUUCUCUGGGGGGAGUUACUUUUUUUUUUUUGGUUUUUGUUUUGUGUUUUCUUUUGCAUUUUAUAUCUUGUACUUAUCCCUGAACAUGUUUUGUACUUUUUUUUUCUAAGAAGAGAAAUUCUUUUGUGUAUAUGUAGAUACUUGCAUGAUAGGCUGUAGUCAAUGUUCAGUUCCUUGAGAGGUCUUGCUGCUGUCAGGUGUAUGCACCAUCCAUCAUGACUGUAUUAAACACAUUUCACAUGUAAAUAAAGCCCUUGUGCUUCUGUGAGAGAGUUAUUGAUGAUGGGUCUGACUUCUUUGUGGAGUUUAAGAAGUGAUGGAUUGCCAGAACAAGCUACAGAAUAUUGCAGAAUUCUUCCACUCACAAGAAUGGCAUGUCCGUUCCCAUCCAUAACCAGCUCUUCUGUCACUUUCUUGUUGGCCCCAUCAUACAUCGGUACAAUCCAAGGGCGUUGAUCAAGUAUUCCUCAACUUGAAAUUCAAUUGCUGUUACUUGUUAUAUUGUAUUGCUCUGAGUUGUAUUCAUGGCACUUUCAUGUGUUUCUGCAUUUGAACCUUGCAAUAAACCUGGCCACACAGGUCUGUACAGCCUAGUUUUACAGUUGAGGAAGCUGAGCUCCGAUUAAGUUCUUUGCCUAAGCCCUCGUACCUGGUAAGUGGCUUUGUGUAUUAGAACCCAAAUAUUUUGCUCUAAAUCUAGUGCUCGCUCUUUGUGGUUAUGUACAUAUUGACAAAUAUUCAUUUAUUCAACGAAUAAAAAGUAUGUGUAAAAUCUGAUGUAAGAGCUUUUGUUUUUGGCACUGUAACUUCUGUCAGAUAACCUCAAAGUCUUUCUACUUUUAAAUACUCAGCAAUGCCUGAUAAUAUGGAGUUAACAUCUGUUAAACGCUUGAUUGAAGGUAUAAGAAAGGUUUUUUAAAUGCCCAGAGGUCCAACAUGAAGCAACUAAAACCCAGACUGGAGGGAGACCUGGAUGGUCAGCUCUUCUGAAGACAGGAUUGGUGAACUAGAAGACAGAUCUUGGGGAAGAUUAUCUGGGAUACAGCACAGCGGUUCAAGGAGGCGGAAUCUAUGAAAUAGAAGUCAGAAAGGAUAAAAUGAGAUCCAACUUAGGUUUAACACAAGUUCCAGAAAGAGGGAAUACAAAGCAAUGGGAAAGGUUUCUGUGGGAAAUUCUUAGCCAUUAAGGAAAGCCAUGAAUACUUGGGGCUAACAUAGACAAAGCUGAGCAAGAAUCCAUGUGUUAGGCUUACACUCUGCCUAUCCUUCACUAAUGGUAUACACUAGGGGUGG